CUUUCUUUUGCAAAUACUCGGCACAAAGGCCUCUGGACUUUAGAAAAAACAAACACUUUUUCUGUGAUAAUUGAACAGCAUGGAUCUUGACGACGACGAUUUUCAACAACCUUUGGGAGCUGGUAAGAGCUUGAAACGCAAGGCAGAGGAUGCAGGCAGCAACAAGAACAAGAAAAUUAGAGCGAUCGAUCCUAAGGAUUAUUUUGCUACGGUAAAGAUAUCCAGGGGCAACAAUAGCAGCAAGAAAAAACCGCAAUCGAUCUUGCAGGAUACCGACGAUAUGGAAAUUAUCAAGGGCAAAAAGAGCACCGCUGCUCCAGCAGUGUCACCGAUUCCUCAAGAGCAAAAGCCGCCUAAACCUGUAGAGAAAGAACGAAAGCAACAGCAGCAAACGAAACCAUCAACAACAACACUUAAUCUUUCUGCAGCUUCGCUAUCUGGCUCAAAGAUCGCGGCUGAUGCAUCAUCAUCCACAGCAACAAAGGAUAGCAGCAAUGAUACGACAUCUAAGAGUAAGCAGACAGCAGCUCCAGCACGCACUUUAUCGUCUAUAACUGUUACUGAAAGCAAGACUCCGAACGAAAAGUCUACAAAGCAAGCUGAUCAGGAUAUCAUGUCUGCUUUCAAAAUGGGGCAACGCAGCAGUGGUUCAGCCGGAGCAGCAGCAUCUUCGUCGUCAUCGAAAGCUACCAGCAGCGGUGCUUUACGACAAAUCAAUACCACCCCAGUAAAGGCAGAAGGAUCGAAGCAGGGUCCUGGUACAGGUACCCCACAGGCUUUGGGUAGUCGGCCGUUACCUAUCGGUAAAGAUGGUUGUUUCACAGGCUCAGUAUUCGUCUUCUCCGGGACUCUCGAUUCAAUGACUAGCGACACUGCCCACGAGAUCGUCGAGCGUUAUGGCGGCAACGUUACCACUGAAAUGAACUUUAGCACGACCUAUUUGGUACAGGGACGUGGAUCUGAUCCUGCUGCUGUUAAGAAAGCAGACAAGUACGGAACGAUUGUAGUUGAUGAAGAUGGAUUUUAUAAACUGGUGACAAGGUCUUUGCCGUCCAAGUCUCAAAAAUUAACUUCUGCCUCGACUUCUACCGUGUCUUCAUCUGCGUCAUUAAAAGGAAAAGGAAAGGCGAUAGCUGCUUUGGUGGAUAAACGAGAACCAAUCCCGGUUGAGCAGCUGUGGACUGAAAAGUAUAGACCAAAAAAGAUUAGCGAGAUCGUGGGCAAUAAGGAAGUGGUCAAACAGAUCGACCAAUGGCUUAAAGACUGGCACAGGAAUCUCAACGCCAAUAAUAACAGCAAUAUUAAGAGUGGUGGUAGUAGCGGAAAGAAAUCCAAUGGCUCACCGUCCAACUUUAGAUCGGUCUUAAUCUCAGGUCCACCAGGAGUAGGAAAAUCUACUACUGCACAUGUUGUUGCCAUCGAAAAUGGAUAUGAGGUGCUCGAGUUUAAUGCAAGUGAUGUUCGUAGCAAAAAGGCGCUUGAGGACAUCCUCGGUGAAAUGGUUGACAAUCGAACAAUGACAGAAUUUUACAAGCGAGGUGCUCCAAGUCCAGUUUCUGUUAAAGGGAAGAAGGUUGUAUUGGUGAUGGAUGAAGUGGAUGGCAUGACAAGCGGUGACCGUGGUGGAGCUGUUGAACUCGCUGGGAUGAUCAAAAACACCAAGAUACCCAUCAUUUGCAUCUGUAACGAUAUCCGGUCUCCCAAAGUGGCACCAUUGAAGAAUGUUUGUUUUGAUGCACGAUUUAAGAGAACACCUGUCAACCAAAUUCGAUCCAAAAUCAUGUCCAUUGCCUAUAAGGAAAAUCUAUUCAUCAAGCCUGCAGCUGUCGAUGAACUUGUACAAGCUACACACAAUGAUAUCCGCCAAGUUAUCAAUAUUCUUUCAACAUAUCGAUUGGCAAGUAAAAAGAUGAGUGAUGAAGAUGCAAAGGCUGUUGCCAAGGCAAACGAAAAAGAUUCUACUAUGAACCUGUUUGAUAUUCCAGAUGCACUCUUCAGUACCCCCUCAUGGUACAACCACACGCUCGCACAAAAAUUGGAUAUCUAUUUCUAUGACUAUGGAUUGACGCCUCUCAUGGUUUUUGAGAACUAUCUAAAGUUCCGUCCUGACAAGCCAAACAAACUAUGCAAAACCGGUCGGCCUGCUGAACUGGCAGCAUUGGAGAUGAAAAUGGCAGCACAAGCAGCAGAGGCUAUGGCGGAUGGUGAUCUUGUAAACUCAAUGAUUCACGGGAGUGUCCAACAAUUCUCGCUUAUGCCUGUUGAAUCGGCUUUGGGCUGUGUGCGUCCAGCAGGAUUCAUGCACGGAACUUCCAGCGGGUUCAAUUUCAAUUUCCCAGGAUGGCUCGGUCAAAAUUCGAAAGCAGGAAAGUUUGAUCGUAUGGUGAAUGAAAUGAGAAGCAACAUGCGAUUCAAUGCGACUGCGGACCGUAAUCAAAUUCGACAACAUUACGUUCCUACACUCAACGAUCGGAUAUUCAAGAGCUUGGCUGAAGAACGCUACGAUGAUGCCAUGGCAAUUCUGGACACUUACUACCUCAACCGCAAUAGUUUGGAGUCAUUAAAUGAGUUAGAUCUGAGCCCCCAGAAACCAAUGUCCAAGCUUCCAACUAAAGCAAAGUCUGCAUUUACACGCAAGUAUAACAAGGCUUCACAUCCUAUGCUGCGUAGGCCCAAAGAAAACAAUGAUAUUGUCAGACGCAAGGGUACAUCAGCAAGUAAUAUGCCCACGGAAGAUUCUGAAGGCGAGGAUGAGCGUGAUUAUGGCGCAGACGUGUCUGAGGAAGAGGAUGUUGACUUUUAGGUCAUGAUAUCAGCUGAUAUUGCCGAUUGCUUGUAUUGCGAAUGUUGUCAGCAUGGUUCUUCAAACCAUACAUAGUAUCUCAUUUAAACCCAUUCAUAACUUAAAUGGAAACUCAAAUUUAGUAAAAAAGAUGAUCGUAAUAAUAAUGUAAAAUGUUUAUGAGGAUG